AAUAGUAUCUAAUUACGCGUGUACGGUAUACAUAAUGUCAGAAAUGUUAAACAGUUUUGAUUUAAAAUCUGCAAAGAUAAUUGAAUUGUGCGAUGGAUUUACUUUGUGUAAAGGAAUUAAAAAACGUGCAGUUACGUUCAUGAUACUUGUGUGUCUACAAACAGCAUUGACUGGUGUUUAUUUCAUGUAUAGCUAUUCCAGUAUUGUAAGGGGUAUUCAAAUAGAUAUUGAGCACCUACGAAACAAUAAUAUAGCUGAUCUUAGUAGAGAUAACAAGAGUUGGAUAUUCCGUUUUGAAAAUCAAGAAACGUUAGGAAAGUUCUAUUUCGAACCAGAAGCUGGAAGUAAAAAACUAUAUAUGUGGAACAAAGGGAAAAUUAUCCCAGUUGAUGUUUCAACAAGUUUGGCAUUUGAAGCGUUAGCAAGAAAAGUGAUAAAUCUAGGCAACUGUACAAUAACAAAUCAAAAUAUGUCAUUAGAGACUUACUCGACGGUACCAAACUGCAGGAAAAUUCACAAGGAUAUAGAGGAUGUUAGUUAUUUCGCAUUCCAAGAGGAAAUAGAUGUUCAAAUAGCUUAUAGUAUUCUAGUUUAUAAAGACUAUCAAAUGGUUGAAUUUUUACUACGAACUAUCUACAAGCCACAAAACACAUACUGUAUACACGUUGAUAAUAAAUCACCUAAACUUUUUAAAAAUCGUGUGCGAGGACUUGCAGCUUGUUUCCAAAACGUGUUCAUAGCCACGAAGCCUGUGAAUGUUUACUGGGGCAAUUUUUCUGUAGUUGAAGCCGAAAUGUCAUGCAUGAAAGACCUUUUGAACAAAACUAAGUCUUGGAAAUAUUUUAUUAACCUAACCGGGCAAGAAUUCCCGUUACGAACUAAUUACGAAAUUGCCAAGGUGCUUAUUGCUCUCCGAGGUUACAACAACAUGAAGUGUAGCGACCGUAUAAAAAAGCCUGAUCUACUUAUAUCAGGACAGCCACCUUACGGCCUUACUGCCUACAAGACCUCAACACAUGUUGUUUUAACUCGAGAGUUUGUUGAAUUUAUUCUUUACAAUAAAACAGCAAAAGCGGUCUUAAACUGGACAAAGCAAUUGAAGAUACCUUCAGAUGAAAUAGCUUUUUCAACACUUAACUGUAAUCAGAAGCUUAAAGCACCAGGGUCACAUAGAGGUCAUCCUAAUGAUUAUAAUCGUACACUCAACUAUAUAGCAAGAUUCAAGGUCUGGAUAGGAAAGACGUCACAUGUUUGCAACGGAAAACGCCUCCGUGGAAUUUGCUCAUUCGGUCCUAAGGAUUUAGAGACAUUACAGAACAGAUACGAGCUUUUUGCUAACAAGUUUAAUAUCCGAGCGUUCCCACAAGUGCCAUACUGUUUGAGAAACACAUUACUGAAAAGGACAUUUUUAGAAUACACAGGUCGUUUAGAUUACAAUGUUUCGUAUUAUGAAAAUAUUCCGCAUAAAAUAUAGAAUAUAUUUCACAUCUAUAAUAAUUGGCAUACAACUUGUUUCAUCAUAAACCAUUAAUUAAAUAUAUAACAUUGACGAGAACAAUAGAGAAUAAUAGAGGGACAUAUUAUAUAAUAUUAACGGAAAUCAGGGAAAAUGCUAGUGAAUUAACGUAGAAU